AUGACGGGAGGAAAAGGGGGUAAAAUUCCUGUGACUCAGAAAAAGAAUCAAGAAUCCGUCUUUCUCGAGGUAACAGAUGUCAGCAAUACUACAAACUCUUCCACAGACUUAACGUGUUCUUAUGUUGAGCAAUUACUCUAUGGAUAUAACGCCCUCGUAGGAUUAGGGAUUUUUACAAUAUUAGUUUUAAUAUUUUUGGAAAAAAGGAAUUACAAGAAGGAUGUUUUCUGUGGAAGACCCGGACUUCCAGUACCAAUCAAUAUUUUGGACGGGAAUAAAAAUGUGUUGCCUACAGCAGCCUGUUUUGGAUGUUGUAUAAAUUACUUAUUUUAUAUUCUAUUCUUGAGAGACGAUUCUACUAGUGUUGAUCCGUGGCUAGCAACCUUUUACCUGUUGAAGAAUGUGAUUUUUAUGGGAAUAUCCUAUUAUCCAUUGUUUUCCUGUGUGAAUUCUCCGUCCAAAUUCGGUCCCCCAAUCAUUGGACUUCUCUACACAAUAUUCCUGUUUUUGAUAUCCUUAACAGAGUAUAAUUAUUGUGUUAAUGAUCUCAUUGAACUUUGCGGAUAUAUACCGUUCUUUAUUUGUGAGGGAUAUCUUUUGUGUGUAUUUGCAUUUCGACUAGUUUAUCAAAUUUACAAAUGUGCCACUGGGAAAGCCAGGCGGAAAUCAAAGGUUGUUGCCAAAUCAUCACAGUACACACAUGUUCGUGAGCUUUUGGAUAAACAUCAAGAAGCAGAAAGUGUGCCACUAGGAUAUAUGUUGAAGAGUAGGACACUUCAGAUAGUUGAGGAAGCAAAACUAUGUUGCCUGAACCGAAGCAUUCAACUGUGUACAAUGCGGACAGUGGCAGUUAAUUUUAUUGUUCUGUUAAGCUUUUAUCAGCUUUUUAUAGUGUUUGUGGAUGUUUCAAAUGCUGUCAGGAAGCUUAACAGAGGCUUGAUUUUGCAACUAAGGGCAUGGAAUGUAUCAGCUGAUAAUUUUGAGAUUUAUCUUGACUCGGUCAGUUGGAGCUUCAUAGUAGCGCAGGUGCUGUCUGCUUUAUACGUGAUAUCGACGAUGAUAAUGAUGUAUUACUCACAGAGACAACAUCUCCUCAGUGUUUGGAGAGGAGACAGAUCCUUUAUACCAAAGAAAUGCUUAGAAAUGGACAGCCGGGACAUGGUGACAAAGUCACUGAUAUAUGCCGGAACUCAAGUUUCUCACCUUCUUGGGGGUUACCUAAUUUCUGUUCUGGUGGUGUUUGUAUUAUGCAUGAUCCUUGCGUUUUUCGUCAUUCUUCCUCUCCUUGGAAAGGUUCCAGAGGCAUUUCUUCAACCAGUGAAAUUCUUAAUACCCUCAGUAGUAGUUACUUUCAUCUUUGUUUAUGCGUUAAAAAAGCUGUCAGAGAAGAUAUUUUUACAAAAAUACUGGAUAUCAUCAAAAAAUGGUGUUGGAGUUGAAAGGACAUUAGCUUUAGAUAAUAGGAAAGUUUACCACAACUUUUCCUUCUUUUUGUUUUUCUUCUACAUACUAAUCGGACUUUUUAAAUGUCUCCGUCGGGUAAUGUACUCACUCGUGAUUGGUCUGGUAUUUGUCCCGAGACUUGACAGAAGUGUCUUAGUGUCUGGAUUUGAACAUUACGAUAAUGGAUACAUGAUAUAUAUAGGUCUUUUACACGUGGAAUUGGUCCAUUGCCAUCCUGUACUGCGUGUAUUCUGUGAGGAAUUGUUGAAAAGUCUCAAGGAGCAUGAUGAUAAAACAGAUUUAAGUCUACAUUCACCGAAUUCAAGUAAAACAGAGUUAGCGAGAAAGAGCUAUAGUUCUGUCAGGAGUAUCAGUGCCAGGGCCUAUAAUAACCAGAUUUACAAUAAAUGGAUGAAAAUGCUAACACUUAGUAACAAUUCAUCCUUGUGUAAAACGUCAAAAACAAACAAAAAAUUCGAACAACCAAGAUUAAAUCUAUCAUGAAU